CUCACCCCACCGCUCCCCAUCUCUCCAUGGCGGAGCGGGUCCCUUCUCCUUCUCCUCCUCCUCCUCCAGCUGAUUUUUUUUUCUCCUCCGGUACCUACGUCGUUCAGGUCCCCAAAGACCAAAUCUACCGCAUCCCUCCCCCGGAAAACGCCCUCAUUGUUGAGCGSCACCGCAACCCCUCGUCCACCUCCAACCGCCGCCCUUGCUCCUCUUGUUGUUUUCGUUUCAUGCUCCCGCUCGUUGUCGUGAUCCUCCUUGUUGUCCUCCUCGUCAUCCUCAUCCCUCAUCUCCGCAAACCCAAAGCCCCCAUCUUCAAAAUCUCAAAAUUCUCCGCUCCCAGCUCCCGCCAAUUCAACAUCAAACUCAAACUCAAAAACCCAAAUGGAAGUGGCGCCAUUUCGUUUAAACAAGGUGGCCGGGCUUCCGUGUCGUUUAAAGAUCAGGACGUCGCCACUGGGAAGUUCCCGGCCGUCCGGCAGCCGCAUGAUUCCUCCCAAGACGUGGCCUUGGCUCUCCCAACGGCCAAAUCCUUGCCCAAGGAGAUCCAAAAGAGCUUCAAAAACAACAAAACUAAACGCCACGUGUCACUCACUUUAUACAUGAAAUUAUCGGCGGAAACAAAGGCUGCCCAAACGGCAACUCGGAACGACAAAUUUGUUGUCGUUUGCACAUUCACUGUCGACUCCUUGGCCAAGGCCUCUCGGAUAUUGUCUCAAGAAUGUGACACACAAAGACAAUAAUGACCUCGCGCAAAAGGGUAAAUUUGGUAAAAUUACGUUAACAAUUUCCAUAUACCAACUGCUAAUGGAAAUGAUGAUCCAAUAUCCACAUCUUUCGUUUUCGUUUUCGUUUUCGUUUUCGUUUUCGUUUUAAGGGCAGAUUUUCUUUUUCUUUUUUUUUUUUUCCUAAAUGUGAACUUCUUAAUUCUCUGUUGAUUUAUUAAUUUUUAGGGUUUGCGUUUUGUAAUUUGUUUGUAUGAUUCUUCUUGUUUUGUGCUGGAAAAAUGUCACACUGAUCAGUAGCUUG